UUCAUCGGAAAGAUUCGAUUUAAUAAGGUAGUAGUAGCAGCAAAGUGUACGAAGAAACUGAGUAAGAGAAAAUGAAAGGGAAGAUAAGAGAAUUUAUAGAUUCGGCAUCCUCAUCGGUGGUCUCAAACACAAACGCGCUUCAGCAGCGCCUCCAGUUCAUUCUGCAGAACUGUCAUGAGAGGUGGGUGUAUGCCAUAUUCUGGCAAGCCACCAAAGACAGCGACUCCCGUCUCACACUGGAAUAUGGGGACGGCUUAUUCAUGGGCGGAAAGGGAAGAGAGGGAACGGAAGUCAGAAUGUCGGAGGAGCAAACGAGAAACCACGUGAACGACAUCGAAUGGUUCUACAGGGUGUCGCAAACUCGAUCGUAUGCCGCUGGGGACGGUGUGGUGGGGUGUGCCUUCGGGUCGGGGGUGGAUGUUUGGUUGAGCGGAGUGAAGCAGUUUGAAGUGAACGAGUGUGACGAGAGAGUGGGGGAAGCAAGGAGGCAUGGGAUCCAGACAUUAGUGUGCGUGUCGGUGGCACGAGGGAUCCUUGAGCUGGGUUCGGAUGAGGUUCUAAAGCUGGAUUAUGGGGUUCUGCAAAUGGUGAAAUCGGUGAUGGAGGAGCGGCAGAGUGGGAGUGAGAAUCCGGUGAGCAAGCAGUGGGUGGUUCCCGGGAAGGAGGAAGAAAGAGAGAGGAGAAGAGAGUUGGAGGGAUCGUCGACGGACUCUUCAGGGCCUUCUGAUCACGAUGCGGAAGGCAACAACAACAAUGUUCCCAUGAUGGGAAGAAGGGCGGGGAGGGUACGUGAGCCGCUUCCCGUAAAUCACGUAGAGGCCGAGAGGCAGCGGCGAGAGAAGCUGAAUCAGAGAUUCUAUGCUCUUCGCUCCGCUGUCCCAAACGUGUCCAAGAUGGACAAGGCCUCCCUGCUUUCGGACGCCGUUGAUUAUAUCAAUGAACUGAAGGUCAAAAUCGGCAGCCUCCAGGCUGCUUUCCAGGCGAAGCAGGAAGCUCCGGCAGAGCAGGUCCAACCCCAACACAUUCCGGCACCCUCCUCUGCAACUACUGACAUGAGAGUGGAAGUUCAGAUCUUGGGGUCCGAGGCCAUGAUAAGGGUCCAGAGCCUGAACGUUAACCACCCCUCUGCUCGGCUCAUGGAUGCUCUCAGGGACGUCAAUUUGCAAGUUCUGCAUGCCACAAUCUCCAACAUCAAAGAGAUGAUGCUGCAAGACGUCGUCGUCAGAGUUCCCCAUGACCUCACCACCCAAGAGGCCCUCCAAACUGCUAUUAUGCACAGACUUUGACAUCUUCGCUCAACCUAUAUAUCAUCAUAAUCCAUUACUCCUUUCUCUCCAGCUGCUUCGCAUUUGGAAACUCAUUCUCACAUU